AUGUCGGUUUCUGGAGCCUGUGUGGUGGCCAAGGUGUCAGGAAUGGUUCAUGUUCGAGAAGAUACCACUCCUCUGGAACUCGAAUGGAACGCCAUCGAUCAACUGAAGAACAUCAAGAUUCCCUUAUCAUCAAUAGUAAAAUUACAAGCGUCGCCAGAAACCAGUCCAAAGAUGAUCCUCAAACUAGUUUAUACUGAUACAGAAGGCUCAGAGCAGUCUUUAGUCCUCAGAUUCACCAAUAGACCCACGAUGAACAACAUCAAAGAAGCACUUCUGACAAUUGUGGCUCGUCAAAGAACAUAUACAACCCCAGAGCCGUCAGCAUCGAACACUCCAGCUCCCGACGGCACGACAGCCAGUGCUGCUCUGUCCGGUUCUGGUAAUUCUAGCAAGACAGUAGACCAAAUCAUUGACGUUAACGAUCCUAAUGCAUUGCUGAACGCUAGUCUCUUGAAAAACCACCAACUUCAGCAAAAGAUCUUACUCGAGGACAAGAAUCUACGAAAUAUUUUCACACAAGCAGUGAUGAAGUUCAAGCUAUCCCCCAGCGUUUUCUGGCUGAGCCGGUUGAACCAGUUGCGAACGUAUGCAUUGACAUUCACACAGCAUCGAGGUCCCUAUAAUGUUCUUUCGACGAUUCGCCCCGUUGCGACAUCCGAUAACAAGGUCAAUGUUAACGUUACAAGGGAUACAAUCAACGAAAUAUUUGACACUUACCCAAUUGUCAAAAAGGCAUUCAAGGAUUUGGUUCCUGAUAAAUUGAGCGAGGGUGAGUUUUGGUCCCGUUUUUUCAAUUCCAAGUUGUUUCGCCGUCUUCGAGGCGACAAGAUCAAUAACACAAAUGAGCGUGGUGAUGCUGUGUUGGACAAGUACAUGUACAUAGACCUGGACUAUCAAGAUGAUGGUACCAAGCGCCAGAAACUCGAGGCCAAUGUCAGCAAGUUUUUGGAUUUGGAGGGCAAUGAGCAGGACAAUGCUCUGAAGUUGGGAAACAGACCUGACUUUACCAUGCGCUACGGCACGGAAGAAACACAGGUGGAAGAACAACAGGGCAACGAAAACGAAAUGAUGAUUUUGAUCAAAAAUAUGAACAAGCUCUCUUCGAAAAUGGUCAAUUUCAAUCCUGAAGACGAAUUGAGCCACACAUCCAAACAGGACGAGUUGUCAACGGAUGAACAAAAAGAGUAUGAAGAAGAGCUCAAUUUGCAUGAUUUGAACGAAACCGAAGAACUACAAUACAUCAAGUUAUCACUAUCUACUGAGCGAGACCCGGAUAAGCAUAUCGAAGUCAAGUCGAGUUUGGUUUCACCAAAAGAUUUGUCGUCCUUUUUCAGUGGUAACGAGUUUCUGGAAGGAGUCAACCUAACGGAAACAUACAUCACCAAAAAAGAAGAAAUACAGAAAACUGCCAGCGAAGUUUCAGCUUUGAUCAAACAUAACUUUCGGGCUUCUCGUGCCAUGAGUGCUCAAUCUAGAGAAAGUGAGGGCGAAAAGCUUCUUUCUGAUUCAAGAAUACAAGAAGUCAUUACUUUAAAUAUCACAGCCAUGGAAUUCUUGCUGCACUUUUGGAAACUCUUUUUGGAUGGAAAUAAUCCAAAUCAGUUGAAAAAAAUCUUCCAAAGUCUUCGUGUGUGUAAGUCUUCAGUCAACGACUUGCAGCUGAGCUUCACUGAAGAAUUGAUGAAACACAGACUAAUAGAACCAAACUCCAAGCUAAAAGAAAAGGUUGCAAAAGACCUAGAAGGGUGUUUCCAACCAUUGCACUUGACCAUAGACAAAGCUUGCGACACGUACAUGAAGGCCUUGGAGGAAGCGCAAAAUCAAGAAAAGAACUCUGAGGGAAAGCGACCUUUAGAGGUCUAA